UUUUGAGGAUAGUGUAUUUAUCAUGGACUGGGCGUAUCCCUAUGUAUAAAUAUUAAAUGAACGUCUCUGAUUGGUCGGCGUAAGCGUAAUGGGAGUAGUCUCUAAGCCCCGCCCCUGCCGUAUUGCGUGGCUACGGUGCUAAUGCUAAGGCUUUGUCCUGCAGUGUUGGACAUUUGCUCAGCUGUUGUCUUGGAUGGUAAAAAGUCAAAAAUAAACAUAUUUAUUCACACAUAUUUUAGAUUAUUCUCAACUAUGAGUAAAAGAAAGGCGCCACAGGAAACUUUGAACGAAGGAAUCACAGAUUUUCUCAUAGAGUUGGCAAAUUAUGAGAGAAAUGUCAACAGAGCCAUCCAUAAAUACAAUGCUUACAGAAAAGCAGCAUCGGUGAUCGCCAAAUACCCUCAGAAGAUCAAAAGUGGGACAGAAGCAAAGAAACUGGAUGGAGUUGGUGCAAAGAUAGCUGAGAAAAUCGACGAGUUUUUGGCGACAGGAAAACUGCGCAAGCUGGAAAAGAUUCGCAGUGACGACACAAGCUCCUCCAUCAACUUCUUAACCAGAGUAACUGGAAUCGGUCCUGCUGCAGCCAGGAAGUUUUAUGAUGAAGGCGUCAGGAACUUAGAAGAUCUGAAGAAGAUUGAACACAAACUCAACCACCAUCAGCAAAUCGGGUUAAAGUACUUUGAAGAGUUUGAGAAGAGAAUCCCUCGUGCAGAAAUGCAGAAAAUGGAGGCUCUGAUACUGAAGGAACUGGAUCUGGUGGAUCCCGAGUAUAUUGGCACCAUCUGCGGCAGCUACAGACGAGGAGCCGAGUCGAGUGGUGAUAUUGAUAUACUGCUGACCCAUCCAGACUUCACCUCUCAGUCUGAGAAACAGCCGAAACUCCUUCAUGCUGUUGUGGAUCAUCUGGAGUCCAUCGGCUUCAUAACUGACACGCUUUCUAAAGGAGACACUAAGUUUAUGGGUGUGUGUCAGCUGAAUAAAGAAGAGGAUGAUGAGGAAGAGCAUUUUCACCGCCGUAUUGACAUCAGGCUUAUUCCAAAGGAUCAGUAUUACUGCGGUGUGCUGUACUUCACUGGCAGUGACAUAUUCAACAAAAACAUGAGGACUCACGCACUAGAGAAGGGCUUCACUCUCAAUGAAUACACUAUCCGUCCACUGGGCGUCACUGGUGUGGCUGGAGAGCCUCUGCUGGUGGACAGUGAGAAGGACAUCUUUGACUACAUCCAGUGGAAAUACAGGGAACCGAAGGAUCGAAGCGAGUGAAACAAAGACAGAGACAAAGAGACGAUAUUCAACCUCAAACUGUGUGUGUGCUGGUCAUUUAGGUCAUAUUAGUGUAUUUUAAGAGUAGAUGAGAGGUGUAGGGAGAGAUGUGUAUGUGUUUUAAAGUUGUGAAAGCAGCUACAUAAUAGUAGUUGAUGGUGCUUUUUAUUAAUGAUAAUAGCCAUGCUUAAUAUUUUGUUUUAAAUCCAAGAGUGAAGUGUGAGAGAGAGAGAACAGAUAUUACAUCAUGAGACUGUCAUUCUCUCAAAAGUUUAGCAGCAAACAUGUCUUUCUUUCAAUGUACUCAACUCAAAAAAAAAUAUGAACGAUGAUUGUCUGUGGUUGUGUUAUUUAAAAUCCAUUAUGAUGCCAUGGGAUAUUUUUAUUUAGAUAAUAGUCUACCAUAAUAUGACACAAAAGAUUUUUGACGUUUGUGUGAAAACUUGGAUUUUGCAUUAAAAAUCCCACAAAUCA